AACACUGGUUGGGUUAUCCAACACAACACUCGGAAAUAUAUAUUGUAUUCUCGUCCGUUGUAAUAUUGUUAUACUACUCUUAACAUAGUAAUUCUCUCUCUCUCACCCUCUCUCUCUCUCUCUGUCGUCGUCUCUCAUCAUGGGAGACACUAGACCAGUAAGAAAUGCCGGCUCCGGCCAUAUUCCGGCGUUUGAUCCUCCGAAGAAGGUGAAGAGAAACAAAUAUGCCAUAGCUGCCGCCUUUUUAGCUUCACUGGCAUCAAUCUUGCUCGGUUACGAUAUUGGGGUGAUGAGUGGAGCGGCCAUCUAUAUCCAGAAGGACCUAAAAAUCAACGACACACAAGUGGAGAUUCUCCUGGGAAUCCUGAACCUAUACUCCCUUAUCGGCUCCUGCAUGGCCGGCCGGACCUCCGACUGGAUUGGCCGCCGGUACACCAUGGUGGUCGCCUCCGUUGUGUUCUUCGUGGGAGCCAUUUUAAUGGGUUUCUCCACCAACUACACUUUCCUCAUGGUGGGCCGUUUCGUCGCCGGGAUCGGAGUCGGCUACGCCCUCAUGAUUGCUCCGGUCUACACCGCCGAGGUCGCCCCCGCCUCCGUCCGCGGCUUCCUCACCUCCUUCCCUGAAGUCUUCAUUAAUUUUGGGAUUUUGGUGGGUUACGUGUCCAAUUUUGCAUUUAAGAAUAUGUCAGUUCACUUGAGCUGGCGAUUCAUGCUCGGAGUGGGAUCGAUUCCGUCGGUGUUGCUCGGCGUUAGUGUAUUGGCCAUGCCGGAGUCGCCGCGGUGGCUGGUGAUGCAGGGUCGCCUGGGAGACGCGCGGCGCGUGCUUCUCAAGACUUCGGAUUCCCCGGAGGAAGCUCACAUGAGGCUCGCCGACAUCAAGGAAGCCGCCGGCAUACCGGAGCACUGCGACGACGAAGUGGUGACGGUGACGAAGAAGCGAGGCGACGAGGACAGCGUGUGGAGGGAGCUUUUCAUCUCCCCGACGCCGGCCGUCCUUCACAUCCUCAUCACCGGCGUCGGCAUUCAUCUCUUCCAGCAAGCCAGCGGCAUAGACGCCGUGGUUCUAUACGGGCCUAGAAUCUUCGAGAAGGCCGGGAUUAAAUCCGACACCGACAAGCUCCUCUGCACAAUCGCCAUCGGUUUCACCAAAACCGUGUUCAUACUGGUCGCCACAUUCACGCUAGACAAAUUCGGCCGCCGGCCGUUGCUCCUAACCAGCGUCGGCGGGAUGGUGACCACGCUGGCACUCCUGGGAAUGUCGUUGACCGUGAUUGACCACUCCCAUGAAAAGGUACCCUGGGCGGUGGCCAUGGCCAUCGCAAUGACGCUAGCCUACGUGGCCGCCUUUUCCAUCGGAGCGGGGCCCAUUACGUGGGUAUACAGUUCGGAGAUAUUCCCGUUAAAGCUCCGGGCAACGGGGUGCAGUCUAGGAACGGGAAUUAACCGCGUAACAAGCGGAGUAGUGUCAAUGACGUUUAUAUCCCUAUACAAAGCCAUCUCCAUAGGUGGGUCCUUCUUCCUGUACGCGGCUAUCGCCGCCGUGGGGUGGGUGUUCUUCUUCACGCUAAUGCCGGAGACGCAGGGGAAAACGCUGGAGGAGACGGAGGCGCUGUUUGGGACAUUCUUUAGGUGGCGGUCAAGGCAGAGGGAGGUGGAUGCGAAGAAGGCUAACAACAAUUCCCAGCUUCAAAUGGGAACGCUUCAGGCUGCUAAUAAGUAGACGUACUUUUAUUUAGUAGUAUAAGCUGCGUGGGUAAUGUUAGUAGAGAUUAAUGUUACUUUACGUACUGCCUACCUUAAUCUCUCGCUGGUGUAUCAUGUUAUAAUAUUCCUAGUAUUUUAAUUUACUUCAGUAUUUAGUAUCAUAUCAUACAUCUUAUCACAUAAGAUGAUUGGGGCCAUUUACUUUGAAAGUCCCUUUAAUUAGAUGUUUGGGUCAUUAAUUGGAUGCUCAACAACAGAAUUUCAGGAUGUAAGUAAAUUAUAAUAAGAGUAUUCUG